CAAAUUUUGAUUAUCUUAAUUCAACAACCAUUCAAAUCAUGAUCCGCACGAGGAUAGAAGGUAUAGUAAUGAGUUUAUGAAGUGGAGGACAAUUUGAACUUACAACGAGAAAUACUGUAAUAGCAUACAUAGUGAAGAGGAAGGAAGAUAGAAGUGAGGAGAGACAGAAAGGAGCAACGCAUAUUGCCAGGUCAGAGCGCUGUUAACGUAAGUGAAACAAGUCGAUUGACCUAUGGUGCAAUCGAAGGCACAUACGAUCGAUAAAGUCUAUAAUCCAGACUUAUCUAAAGCAACAAUUUCCACUGUGAAACACAAGUUUAUUCGUCGAAACGUGAAAGAAAACGUGCACAACUUGUUAAAAGCAGGUCGGCAAGUAAAUAUUCCAGCAGGUGAUAUUUGCUGGUGAUUAGCGCCAUGUCCCACAAUGGACCAAUCAGCUGCUUGGUAAACCGUUGUAAAACCUCGAAUCUGUCCGCAGACGAAUGACAACAAAAGAGUCUGAUAGAAGUCGCGCGCGAGACAGUGGAUUUUUUCACGACUCCGUAGAAAAUUUGCGGUUUUUUCGGUUCUGUUGCUCGCCGCGAAUAACGUCGCUUUGGUCGUAGUGAAAGUGUCAAGGAAUAUGAAGAGAAGAAAUGUUGAGUGCGGUAAGCUUCGGAGGCCCUUGAAACGCAACAAGCUCACCGAGGGAAUCUACGGAAGUACAUUGCUUUAUCUAAAAUUUCUUCUGCUAUGGGCCAUGGUAAUUUUGGCAGACUUCAUUUUAGAAUUCCGUUUUGAAUUUUUGUGGCCAUUUUGGCUACUUCUCAGAAGUGUUUACGAUUCUUUCAAAUAUCAAGGCUUGGCCUUCUCUGUAUUUUUUAUUUGUAUUGCGCUUACGUCAGAUAUGAUUUGUUUCUUCUUUAUACCAGUACAUUGGUUGUUCUUUGCCGCCAGUACUUAUGUUUGGGUACAAUAUGUGUGGCAUACAGACAAAGGUGUGUGUCUACCGACUGUGAUGCUAUGGUUAUUAUUUCUAUACAUAGAGGCAGCGGUUCGAUUAAGAGACUUAAGGCAUAUGCCUUUUCAUUUGGAUCUUUGUCGACCAUUUGCAGCGCAUUGCAUUGGUUAUCCUGUAGUUACAUUAGGUUUUGGUUUUAAAAGCUUUAUUGGUCAUAGGAUGAGAGAGAGAAAACAAAAAGAUGUGGCAAAAGAAAACGAAUUUUAUGUACAAUUAUUGCAGCAAGCACUGCCUUUAGAACAACAAAUUUCAACAGUGCAACAAAUUCAGCAAGUUCAGUCACAAUCACAUGUUACCUCGUCGUUCGAGCAACAUGUGAAAAUACAAUCUAAUAAAUUUUGUCCACAGUACAAUCCAAGUCCUGAAAAGAGUAGAGGUAGAUGCAGUAAUAACUCUGCGGAAGUAGGUAUACAAAAUGGUAAUUUACAUAUAGGAUCACAAAUUAUAUCACAAGCUCAAAGUGCUACGGCAAAAAAUAAUCACAGAAAGUCAUUAGAUAAAGGUGAGAAACAAGAGGAACAACACAAUAAACAUAAUAUAACGAGUAUAUCACAGUCUGAUAAAAAUGACAAAAGGUUUAUACAUACUAAUGGAAAUACUGUCACACACAAUGAUAUACAAUUCAUUGAUAGGAUCGGAUCUGUGAAUGAUUUCGAUGUGAAUGAUAUAGAGAAAGACAAAUUUAUCAAAAGUGGUAACUGUGGGCACACCGCAAUGAAAUCACAGACUAAUGGUUCUGUGACAGGGAAGUGGAAUAAUAUUAAAGAAAGUCGAGAACCGUCGUCCACUGUUAAUACACAACGGGAACGUAAAACUCGUCAGAUUAAAACUCCAGUUGAUAACAUAAGUGAACAACAGAAACAGCAAGACGAAUAUUGUCAAAGGUUACUGAUGUGUCGCAGGCUCGAGGCUGACAUUAAGCGCUUGAAGUCUGACUUGCAAUCCAGUAGGCAACUGGAACAGGAACUUCGUUCGCAAAUAAAUACUCUACAGAAUGGAGAACGUCAAGCUAAGGGUGACAUACAACAGCUUCAGCACGACAAUGACCAGUUACAGACCAAAUUACAUGGAUUAGUAACAGCUCGUCAAUUAGAUAAACAAACGAUGUCGUCAUUGGAGAAAAGAAUCGCAGAAGAAAGAAAACAGCGAACAACUUGCGAAGCGACAUUAGUUUCCGAAAGACGAGCAAGACGAGCUGCAGAAGAAGCACGAUCUGCAAUUCCACCACCACCUCCACCACUUAUCAGGCAAGAGUGCACUGAAUCGUGUAAAAGUCGUAGAACGCAAAUGGAGCAAGACCUUAAAAAUUUACGACGAGAACUUAAAACAAAAGAAGAAAGGUGUAGUGCACUGGAGAAAGACGUCACACGUUGCAAGGAGAAUCACAAAGAGUCUGAAAUUUUACUUGGAGCACUUAAUGUGCUUCAAGACAAAACUGCUCAUUUAGAAGACAGUUUAAGUGCAGAAACACGUAUAAAGCUCGACUUAUUUUCUGUACUUGGUGAAGCUAGGCGGGAGCUAGAAGUUAAAGACAGUUUAAUUAGAUCUCAAGAAAAGGAAAUUGAAAUGCUAAAAACAAAAAUAGCCCAAGAUUUAGCUGUGAUGCCACAAGACACGUUUGGUCCUGCGCCAACCUGUGCGACAUCUAAGCUUCGGUUGAAUAAUGAAGUGAGAGUCGCAGUUACAAAAAUACGUUCUAAUGAAAGUCCCCGCCCAGGGUGUACAGUGUCGAACUUGGAUCCAAACGCGACAGCAUAUACACCUAAGAAUUCCCUGAUAGCGUCUACCGAAGCUUAAAAACUACAAUUUUUUGUUGUCACAAUCAAGACUUUACAGAAAUUGAGUAUAGAUUAUUUAAACAUGUUUCAAGUGUGUUUCUCAAUGGGGAUCGAAAUGCGAGCUUAGAUUUUACACACCAUUACACUUCUUUUACUGUAAUAAGAAUGUUUCAAUCAAUAUCAAAUUUUUAAAAUUUUUUCUAAUAAAUUUUCUUAAUGUAUUCCAGAGAAAAAAAAUAUAUAUGUACAAAUAUAUAUUAUACAUUUAAUUUUUGUUCAAAAAGGAAAUAGUAUUUUGACUGGAAUGGAACUUUUUCUAUUUUAAUUCUAUAAAAAUUGAAACUUCUAAUUCUCUUGAGAUCUAUAUAGAAUAUUUAUACAUAUAAUUUUUUACUGAAGAUCAGUAUAUAGUACUUUUUCAUACAUCUUUCGAGUUGAGUGCUUUAGAGAUGAUCUUUCAAUGUCUUCCAUGAGAGACUUCUAGAAACAUGUUUGCAUCUGAUUUGUCAUCUGAAAUGACACAUUGUUAUUAACUAUACAUGACCAUAGGACGCGGCUACUACUGGGUUUAAAAAUAUUUAAAAAGUUAGUUGCGUCCUGUUAAACAUGCUGUAGGUUGAUCUUGCAGGUGCCCAUCUCAUUUAUUCCAUACAUAUGACAGAAGUAUUCGAAAGUUAGCAACCAACAUGGAGCAAAACAAUAACAUAUACAUAAUCCAAUCAUCGUAGAUAAUCAUUGACCUUUAUAUUAAACUUAGUACUUCUACGUAGAUUUUAUAUAUAAAAUAUUUUCUGCUGAGAUUGCAUUAAAUAUUACUGUGUGCGAUUCAUGAAAGAAGGAACGUUGGAAAUUUCAAAUUAAUAUAUUUUAUUAAUUUUUUAUAGUGCUUCAGUUGUAACAUUUUUCAAAACACCGUAAUUAUAGAUAAAAAGGAAUGUGAAAUAGCAUUAAAUUCGAUCAGCGUGUUAGUAGCGCUUAUUUCUUACUUACUAGAGAACUAUGAAAAAGACUAAAAGAAUUUAGUAUGUACGUGAUCUUCCUACAGCAUACGCCUAAAUCUAUGACGACUUGUUGUAGGCACAAAUCUUUCUCAAGUCGUAAUACGAAGCUAGUCCAGCAUACAAACUGUAUUUAAUGUCUUUGGCAAAUGAAGCCAUUUUAAGUCAUGUGAUCAUCCAGAACCAGCCAUUAAUAUACAUUGAAAAAACCUGCCGUUGUUCGUCAUUCAAGAAGAUUGAUAUAAAAUGUCAGAACGCCAAAUUCAUUUUUUUAACGAUCGUCAUUAUAUCGAUACUCUUAUUUCUGUACUUUUUUAAUAUUUUUAAAUGCCUAUAAUUUGUUAGUUUAGCGAUAUAUUUUGUGUAUUGGCUUUCGAACGGUAUAAAAUAAGCGUUAAAAUAUUUUAUAACUCGUUUUCCGAGAUGUGUACAGUUUUAAUGUGAUAACUAAAAGGAUUCGUAAAACUUGUAAAGUUAAUGAGAAGGCAAAAAAAGUUUGUUUUAAUUCGAAA